GUGGCCGCUCCCUUUUUUGCCUCCUCUUUGCGUCAUGUCGGGCACUUGAUUUUUUUUUUUUUUUUUAAAUCCCUCCUUUAGCGGGUUCCACCUUCCACCUCCUCUUUCCUUUCCCAGGUUGACUCCCCCCCCCAUCCCCGUCUUCUCUGAGCUUGUCCAUGAGCCUCCUCGGGAGCUACCGGAAAAAGACCAGCAACGAUGGUUAUGAAUCUUUGCAGCUGGUGGACAGUAACGGGGACUUAAGUGCGGGGAGCGGCGGGGGUGGCGGCAAGCAGAGAGUGAACACCGCGGCAGCGGCGGCGCGGAGUCCCGCCCGGCAGCCUCCGGACCGCGCCAGCACCAUGGACAGCUCAGGUGCCUCGUCUCCAGACAUGGAGCCCAGCUAUGGGGGAGGUCUUUUUGACAUGGUGAAAGGAGGAGCAGGGAGGCUGUUCAGUAACCUCAAGGACAACUUGAAAGACACCCUCAAAGACACAUCUUCUAGAGUUAUACAAUCGGUGGCCAGCUACACAAAGGGAGAUUUAGACUUCACUUAUGUUACCUCCAGAAUUAUUGUGAUGUCCUUUCCCCUGGACAAUGUUGACAUAGGAUUCAGGAAUCAGGUUGAUGACAUUCGGAGCUUUUUGGAUUCCAGACAUCUUGAUCACUACACAGUCUACAAUCUGUCACCCAAGUCUUACCGAACUGCCAAGUUUCACAGCAGGGUCUCAGAAUGCAGUUGGCCCAUUAGGCAGGCUCCCAGUCUGCACAACCUCUUUGCUGUGUGUCGGAAUAUGUAUAAUUGGCUGCUACAGAAUCCCAAAAACGUCUGUGUUGUCCACUGCUUGGAUGGACGGGCGGCAUCGUCAAUUCUGGUUGGUGCUAUGUUCAUUUUCUGUAAUCUCUACUCUACUCCUGGCCCUGCUAUUCGAUUGCUGUAUGCGAAGCGACCAGGAAUUGGACUGUCACCAUCCCACAGGAGGUACCUGGGCUAUAUGUGUGACUUACUAGCAGACAAGCCCUAUCGCCCUCACUUCAAGCCUCUCACGAUCAAGUCCAUCACUGUCAGUCCCAUACCCUUUUUCAACAAACAGAGAAACGGAUGUCGCCCUUACUGUGAUGUACUGAUUGGAGAAACCAAAAUAUAUACAACCUGCACAGAUUUUGAACGAAUGAAAGAAUACCGGGUCCAAGAUGGAAAAAUCUUCAUUCCCCUGAACAUCACUGUGCAAGGAGAUGUGGUUGUCUCCAUGUAUCACUUGAGGUCAACCAUUGGAAGCCGGCUGCAAGCUAAGGUGACCAAUACACAGAUAUUCCAGCUUCAGUUUCAUUCUGGAUUCAUACCUCUGGACACAACAGUAUUAAAGUUCACCAAGCCUGAGUUAGAUGCAUGUGAUGUACCAGAAAAAUACCCUCAGCUAUUUCAGGUGACGCUGGAUGUAGAACUACAGCCCCAGGACAAAGCGGUAGACUUAACCCCACCAUGGGAGCAUUACUGUACAAAAGAUGUCAACCCCAGUAUCCUCUUCUCUUCUCACCAGGAGCAUCAAGAUACUCUGGCCUUAGGAGGACAGGCUCCAGCAGAUCUCCCUCCAGACAACCCCAGGAAUUUGGGGCAAAGUGGCUUCUUUGCCUCUCUCUGUUGGCAAGAUCAGAAAUCAGAGAAAUCAUUUUGCGAGGAGGAUCAUGCUGCCCUAGUGAAUCAGGAGAGCGAGCAAUCCGACGAUGAACUUCUGACCCUUUCUAGUCCACAUGGCAAUGCCAAUGGUGACAGACAUCAUGGCGCCAAGAAGCCCAGCAAAAAGCAGCAGGAGCCAGCCGCUCCACCACCCCCUGAGGAGGUGGACCUUCUGGGUCUAGAAGGUUCUGAUGUGAGUAAGAACUUCUCUCCACCGGCAGCGCCUCCCUCCAAUUCUGAACUACUGAGUGACCUGUUUGGGGGUGGAGGUGCAGCUGCUCCUGCCCAGGCUGGACAGUCAGGGGUGGAAGAUGUGUUUCACCCUAGUGGACCUGCAUCCACCCAGUCGACACCACGCCGUUCCGCAGCCUCAGCCUCCGCAUCGCCAACCCGACGACUGGGAGAAGGUACCACCUUUGACCCAUUUGGAGCACCUUCUAAACCAUCAGGUCCAGAUUUGCUGGGUUCUUUUCUGAGCACAUCCAAUGCCUCCAGUGACCCCUUUCUUCAGCCCACGAGAAGCCCUUCACCUACAGUGCAUGCUUCUAGCACCCCUGCUGUGAAUAUUCAGCCAGAUGUCUCUGGAGGUUGGGACUGGCAUGCUAAACCAGGAGGUUUUGGGAUGGGAAGCAAAUCAGCUGCCACCAGCCCAACAGGAUCCUCACAUGGCACUCCUACCCAUCACAACAAGCCCCAGACUUUGGAUCCUUUUGCUGACCUUGGGACACUAGGUAGCUCUUCAUUUGCCAGCAAACCCACUACACCAACUGGGUUGGGUGGAGGAUUUCCACCUCUCAGCUCACCACAGAAAGCAUCUCCCCAGCCCAUGGGUGGAGGAUGGCAGCAGGGAAGUAGCUAUAGCUGGCAGCAGCCACAGUCCAAGCCACAGGCCAGCAUGCCACACUCCUCUCCCCAGAACCGACCCAACUACAACGUGAGCUUCUCAGCUGCACCUGGAGGCCAGAGUGAGCGUGGGAAAGGAUCAACUAAUUUGGAAGGGAAACAAAAAGCAGCUGAUUUUGAGGACCUGCUGUCUAGUCAAGGUUUCAAUGCCCACAAAGACAAAAAGGGACCUCGAACAAUAGCUGAGAUGAGAAAGGAGGAAAUGGCUAAGGAAAUGGAUCCUGAGAAAUUAAAGAUUCUGGAAUGGAUAGAAGGCAAAGAGAGAAAUAUCAGAGCCCUUCUUUCUACAAUGCACACUGUGCUAUGGGCUGGGGAGACCAAGUGGAAACCAGUGGGCAUGGCAGACCUGGUGACACCGGAGCAGGUGAAGAAAGUGUACAGGAAAGCUGUGCUGGUGGUGCAUCCAGAUAAAGCUACUGGGCAACCCUAUGAACAAUAUGCAAAGAUGAUUUUCAUGGAGUUAAAUGAUGCCUGGUCUGAAUUUGAAAACCAAGGCCAAAAGCCCUUGUAUUAAUUUGUGAGCUUUUCUAUCUUGGCUGCAGACCUUUGUUAAUGCUUAGUGUGUAUCACAAUUCUGAGGUUUUCACAGAUGAACCAAAAAUACCAAUAACAUAUUUCCAGUACUAAACUAACUGUCAAAUUACUCAUGAAUUAGUUUCUCAUGAUAUAAAGAAUGUGGAUGUUUGGUUUUUCAAAGUCCCUGCCAUAAAAAGAUCCAAAGCAUGAAAGGAACUUUAAGUGAGAUGAUCUUGCAGGGAUACAACAUUCCAGCCUGCCCUUUGGGGCGCCUACUCAGCAUUUUGCCUGGGGAAUGGAAAAUUGAGGCCACCAAAGGUAAAGGCAUCACUCCAUCUCACUGUCUGAGAGUAAAAUUAAUGAACAAAAGUGAAAUAGAAUUACUUGGAUUUCUUGAUAGUUUUAAAGAAAGUUUUAAUUUCUCUUGGAAAUACAUAAUUUGAGUGAUGGCUUUACAAAACUUCCAGGAACAGAAUCACCAAGUAUUUUUUUAAAAUGGAAAUUUACUAUGGCCUUCAUCAUAACAGUGUAUGUGUCUUUUGGUUAAGGGCACUAACAGCUAUAAAUGAUGUUAGAUUGAGGGAAGGGAUUAUGCUAUAUUCCAGUGAUUGCCACCCACUCUUCUUGGAUAAGAUACAAUUUAGUGCAAAUGUUGGCUAAAGAAAAUAGGGAUUGUGAAGCUAUAGAAAUCUUUAUUUCUAUCAGGAUGUUGGGCUGUUCUCUUCCUGUCCCUUUAGAAAACUGUAGUUGAUUAAAGAAAAAAUUUUAAUGCUAUCACAACUCCAAACCUGGUUUGAAAGACCCUCCUAAUUUUUCCAUAAGACUUAAUGUUUUUCUUUACUUAGCCAAGAAAACAUUCUUAACUGAAAACAGAUUGUAAAGCAGUUUGGCCCAUUCACGAUUUGUCAGGACCAAUAGCUAGUAUGGACUUGGUAAACACCAAGUUUGUGAGUGGUUGUCAUAAGAACAGCCCUGAUACUGUUGAGUAGAAGAGAACUGUCGUGGGAAGUAAGCUGCAUGCCCCUCAACAGAGUCACGGAGCUUGGGAUUUGCUUUGAGGAACCAGGUCCCCUCUUCUCCUCUGGUGAAUCUGGAUCCUUUGGAUUAUUGCAGUGGGGUUUAUGGUUUUAAAAGUAGCUGUGGGUCCAUAGGAGCAGCAUUCACAUAGGGACCUUUGGGAAAACAAAGCAAGAAUGAAACUUUUCCAGACCUCAGACUGGCUGGAUCUCAGCUCAGUGCUUUGGCAGCUUCUCAUUUGGAGGAGUCAUCUGUUUGCUCUUCUGUGAUUUCAGUAGAUUCUUGGUGAGCACGUGCACAAGGCAGAUGGGCAAGAAGAUUUUCAUGCUGGUCUUUAAAAGUUUAUGAUCAAUUGUUGUGAAAGCUUUCAAAAAUUGUUUUUAAAAGACAAUCAUUGGGUUUUUUUGUUUGUUUGUUUGUUUCUGUCUUAAGUUUGUUGUGGCAAACUGUACUGGAAAAGCAGCAUGUCAAAAAUACUUUAGGUUCUACACAAAUCUCUCUC